AUGGAUACCUGCAACUUAGAAAUUCCUAAUAAUCAUUCGAAUUCACGUCAUGUGAAAGAUUAUUUGGAGCUUUUCGAGAUUUGGUGCCUCGCCUGCAAGAGUCUGGAUGCCGAGAUGAAGACUGCACAGUUUCUUACUGCUGUUAGAAAGGAAGCUUAUGCACUGAUUAAAAAUUUGGCAUUCCUAGAGUCACCAAUACAACUGAAGUACGACGAAUUGAAGGAAUUGUUACUAAAGCAUUUCCAGCCAGUCGACUUCGCUCGCCCAACAAAGGCCACGGUGAUUACAGAAAACUGGAGCUUCAUUCAAGCUGUCGCGGAUGUGGUGAUUAUACAUAGACAAUGA